AGUAGAGUCCUCCCGUAUCCCAGCAGGCAGUGCAGUCCGGAGCCGCUGACAAAGGAGCAAGGAGCAGUCGCGGCUGCUUUGCAAGGAGCCACUGUUACUGAGAUUGCCAAAAUGCUUUGGAGUUUUUAACCGAAUCUAAGAAAGUCCAAAAUAGAUUUGAGACUGUAAAGACAGAAGCUGCAGCAAGGGGGAUUCAGUGCCAAUGCAUCAACAAAAAAGACAACCAGAGUUAGUGGAAGGAAAUCUUCCUGUUUUUGUGUUCCCCACGGAGCUAAUAUUCUAUGCGGAUGAUCAGUCAACACAUAAGCAAGUGUUGACUCUGUACAACCCCUAUGAGUUUGCCUUAAAGUUCAAAGUUUUAUGUACGACUCCAAAUAAGUAUGUUGUCGUUGACGCCGCCGGUGCAGUGAAGCCUCAGUGCUGUGUGGAUAUUGUGAUUCGUCAUAGAGAUGUUCGAUCCUGUCACUAUGGUGUGAUAGACAAAUUCCGCCUCCAAGUUUCUGAGCAAAGCCAGAGGAAGGCUUUAGGAAGGAAAGAGGUUAUUGCCACUCUUCUCCCGUCUGCGAAAGAACAACAAAAGAAAGAAGAGGAGAAGAGAAUAAAGGAACAUUUAACGGAAAGUGUAUUUUUUGAGCAGUCAUGUCAACCAGAAAACAGAACUGUCUCUUCAGGACCUAGUUUGCUAACUGUCUUCCUGGGAGUGGUAUGUAUUGCGGCCCUGAUGCUGCCUACUCUGGGGGAUAUGGAAUCGCUGGUGCCUCUCUACCUCCACUUAAGUGUGAAUCAAAAAUUAGUGGCUGCUUAUAUCUUAGGUCUUAUCACAAUGGCUGUACUUAGAACAUGAGCAAGGAUUCAAACUGACUUCUGAAGUAAAUUUAUCUUAAAUAUGAAUGUGGACUGCCUUUUAUCUAUUUCACUCCAUUAACACACUACAAAUUAUUAAAUGAUUUCAAGUAACUGCAAAUGUAUAAUAUAUAUUUUCAAUUAGUCUAUAAUUUUAUUUGAAGGACUCUAGCACUUUAUGUUACAGACAACAAAAAGAUAUU